GCCUCAGAGCGAAAGAGGCCUCGCUGGCCCAACAUAUAACCCUUUCCUCCCCGACCUCGACCCUCUCCCAGACGCCCAUCCGCCAUGUCCCAAACACCCCCGCAAUCCGACACCGCUGCGGCGGCCGUCAACCAGAAGCUGCAGUCUAGUCUCCCUCCCGCCGUGGCCCAGAAGCUCCCACACAUUCCAGAAUCCAAGGAGGAGCUCAAAGCCGAGCUCAAGGCCGAGGCGAAGGCCGCCGCUUCCUCGGGCCUGUCGCAGUUGCGGUCCUUGGUCGCCGGCGGCUUCGGCGGCGUGUGCGCCGUCCUUGUCGGCCACCCCUUCGAUCUGGUCAAGGUGCGCCUGCAGACGGCCGAGAAGGGCGUCUACUCGAGCGCCAUCGACGUGGUGCGCAAGAGCGUGGCCAAGGACGGCCUGCGCCGGGGCCUGUACGCCGGCGUGAGCGCGCCGCUCGCUGGCGUCACACCCAUGUUUGCCGUCUCCUUCUGGGGCUACGACCUCGGCAAGACCAUCGUGCGCGCGACCAGCACGGUGGCGCCCGACGGGUCGCUCUCGAUCGCGCAGAUCUCCGCGGCCGGCUUCUUCUCCGCGAUCCCGAUGACGGCCAUCACGGCGCCGUUCGAGCGCGUCAAGGUGAUCCUGCAGGUGCAGGGGCAGAAGCCGCUGGCGCCGGGCGAGAAGCCCAAGUACGCCGGCGGGCUGGACGUGGUGCGGCAGCUGUACCGCGAGGGCGGGGUGCGGUCCGUCUUCCGCGGCUCGGCCGCCACGCUGGCCCGCGACGGGCCCGGCUCCGCCGCCUACUUCGCCGCCUACGAGUACAUCAAGAAGGCGCUGACCCCGCGCGACCCGGCCACCGGCGAGCCCAGCGGCAAGCUCAGCCUGACCGCCGUCACCUGCGCCGGCGCCGCCGCCGGCGUCGCCAUGUGGAUCCCCGUCUUCCCAGUCGACACCGUCAAGAGCCGCCUGCAGACCGCCGAGGGCAGCGUGUCCAUCGGCGGCGUCGUCAGGGGCUUGUACGCCCAGGGCGGCCUCCGCGCCUUCUUCCCCGGCUUCUGGCCCGCCCUGGCCAGGGCCGUGCCGGCGAACGCGGCGACCUUCUUGGGCGUCGAGCUGGCGCACCAGGCGAUGAAUAAGGUGUUUGGGUGAUGGCGGAGCUGGCUAGCGCUCCAGGUGAAUGCGCGGUUGGUGGGGUAUAGACGAUGAUGUUUGUCGCUCGUGGUUUGUCCUCCUGACGACGGUUUGUCGGCUGUGGCACUGUACAGCGGGAGUUGGUUUCGCAUCUUCAGAUA